AUGCCCCCCAUCCCGGGGACCUGCCUCGGCUGUUCCUCACCCCUCCAGGGCAGAGCUCCCUGCCUGGCGCUGGAGAAGGACCAGGGACAGUCUGACUCGCCCAAACUCUGCAGGCCACGAGAUCUCUCGGAGGAGAUGUGGGAGGCAGCGUGUCCUGGAGGGUCGUGGCCCUGGCAGCUGCUGGGCAUCAUGAUGUGGCUCUUCUCCUCUGAGGCCUUGGCAGUGGAUCAUGAGCGGUGGUGUGAGAGGACGGUGCAGGUGAUGGAAGAGGAGGUGGUGACCCCUCGACAGGAGGAGGAGGUGCCUUGCUCAGAGGUCUACCAGUACAACAUGGCCGGCUGGUUCCUCAACCAGGACCGGAUGCGCCAGGCCUCGGGGAGGGCCCAGGGCAUGUGCUACAUCUACAAGCCAGAAGACACGAGGCCUCUGGUGUGGAACCGCACGGUGCGCGCCUGCUGCGAGGGCUGGAGCGGGCCCCACUGCUCUGUGGGAAAGGGUUCGGUGGGCCGUUGCUUUUCCGCCUGGCAGUGCCAGGACCUGCCGGGGCUGCAGAACUGGUCGCUGCUCAGCCUGGAGGAGUGCUGUGGCCGUCGGCGGGGACGCAGCUGGCAGAACGCCUCCUCCCAGCUCUGCUCCAGCUGCUCCCGCCUGGUUCUAGAAGGUGACCUGCCUUCUCCUUCUGUCCUCUGGCCCCCGGCCCCGACGGCACGGCUGACCCGCUCGGGGUAUCGCCGGCACCCCUUUGCCACCUGUGCCACCUGGGGCGGCUUCCGCUACCGGAGCUUUGAUGGCAAACAUUUCCGCUUCCGUGGGACCUGCGCCUACGUCUUGGCUGCAGCCUCCGAGGGCACCUGGGCGCUCCACAUCUCCUCCCACCAUGGAGACUUGCCCGCCCUGCGCAUGCUCUUUGGUCUUGACCUCGUCAGGGCAGAAGGCCGGAAUGUCUCCGUUAACGGUAUUGUGGUGCCAGAAGGGGAGGCACGCUUGCAGAAAGGAAUCAGCAUCUGGUGGUUGGGGGACUUCCUCCUCGUGGAGAGUGGCCUGGGUGUGCGUGUGAAGUUUGAUGGACGUGAUACCGUCUACGUGACCGUCGGGGCAGAUCUCAAAGGAGAUACCCGAGGGCUGUGUGGGGUCUACAAUGAGGACCCUGCAGAUGAUUUCCUGCGCGUCGGAGGGGACGUGGCUGCACUGGCAGCCAGCUUUGGCAAUUCGUGGCGCGUACCGGAUGCCGAAUCGAGCCCCUGCCAAGAUGCUGCAGAAGAAGCAGAGGGCUGCGAUCCACCGGCAGGCCAGGGGAGCCAACAGGAAGGGGCCUCCGUGUGCCAGCAGCUGUUGUCCAGCCCUUUCAGCCAGUGCCACUCAGAGGUGGACCCCGGGGGCUUCUAUGAGGCCUGUGUGGACGUGCACUGCAGCGGGGCAGGCACAAGCGCCAUCUGCGAGACCUUUGCCAGCUACGCCCGAGAGUGUGCCCAGCAGAGCAUUUGGAUCAGCUGGCGGCGUCCCGGAUUCUGUGAGAAGUCCUGCGGGCAGGGCAAACGCUACUCCGACUGUGUGUCUGCCUGUCCUGCCAGCUGUGCAAUGGUGGGUUCUGCCGAAGAAAGAGGGCCCUGCCAGGACGAGUGUGUGAGCGGCUGUGAGUGUCCUCCAGGCCUCUACCUGGAGGAGGGCACCUGCGUCCCGGAGAGCCAGUGUCCCUGCUUUCAUCGGCGCCAGAGGUAUGCCCCCGGACAGACGAUCCAGCAGCGCUGCAACCAGUGCACCUGCCAAGGGGGUCGCUGGUUUUGCUCCCAAGACCCAUGUGCUGGGCAGUGCGUGGUGCUCAGUGACUCACACUACCUGACCUUCGACCGCAAGCGCUACUCCUUCCAUGGCACCUGCCAGUACAUCCUGGUGCAGGACUUUGUGGGCGGGAAGCUUCAGAUCGUGGCCGAGAAGGGGGCCUGUGGGAGCCAAGGGGCGGCUGGCAGCUGCCUCCAGGCGGUCACUGUCACGGUGCAGAAGAUUUCUGCCCGGCUGACCCUCACAGGGAGGGUGUCCGUGAACGGUGAGGACGUUGCCCUCCCUUUCGCCAGCGCGGAUCUGACCGUGCGCCGCGCCUCCUCCUCCUUCCUGCUUCUCCAGGCCUUCGGGGCCCACCUGCUCUGGGGUCUGGCCUCCCCUGCUGCCUACAUCACCCUCCAGCCCAGCUUUGCCAACAAGGUCCGAGGCCUUUGUGGCACCUACAACUGGAACCAGCAGGACGAGUUUACCACCCCGGAGGGAGACGUGGAGUCCGGCGUGGCUGCCUUUGCGGACAAGUUCAGGGUCUCUCAGGACUGCCCCUCCUUUGGCCCGCUCACCUUUGACCCCUGCAGCACUUACGCCCAAGGGAGGCAGUUUGCUGAGACAGCUUGCGCGGUCCUCCACAGCCCGACUUUCCAGCCUUGCCACGACCUGGUGGAACAGGAGCCCUUCUACCAGCUCUGCCUUUAUGAGGUCUGUGGCUGCUCCCCCAGUAAGGACUGCUUGUGCCACGCUGUGGCAGCCUACGCCAGGCAGUGUGCCCAGGAAGGAGCCCCCGUGUCUUGGAGGAACCAGAGCUUCUGCCCUGUUGAAUGCUCAGGGGGGCAAGUCUAUCGAGAAUGUGCUCCUCCGUGCAGAACUACCUGUGCUGAGCUGCACACAGAAGCCUUUGACACCUGCCAGGAGUUGGAGCCGCUGUGUGUGGCCGGCUGCAACUGCCCAGAUGGGCUGGCACUGGACGAGGAUGGGCAGUGUGUCCAGCUGUCCCUGUGCCCCUGCGUUCACCAGGGGGAGGUGCAUCCCCCGGGGAGCAAAAUCCAGAAAAACUGCAACACCUGUGUUUGUGUGAACGGGGCCUGGAACUGCACAGGAGAGAGCUGCCCCCAAGCGGUCGUCUGCCCUGGGGAGCUGGUCUACACCUUUGGCUCCUGCCUACAGACCUGCGAAAGCCCCGAGGGCAACCUCAGCUGCAUGGGCGCCUUUGACGGUUGCGUUUGCCCCCCUGGCACCGUCUUCUUGGACGAACGCUGCGUCCCCCCGGAGGAGUGCCCCUGCCACCACCAUGGACGGCUGUACCGACCCAACGACACCAUCACCAAAGACUGCAACACCUGUGUUUGCCAAAGCCGGCGCUGGGAGUGCAGCCACCACCACUGUGCAGGGACCUGCGUAGCCACCGGAGACCCCCACUACAUCACCUUUGAUGGCCGGACCUACACUUUCCUGGGGGACUGCGAGUACAUCUUGGUCCAUGAGAAGAACGGCGCUUUCACCGUCACGGCAGAGAACGUCCCCUGUGGCACCAGUGGCACCACCUGCACCAAAUCGGUGGUGGUGGUCCUCGGCAACACUGUUGUGCACCUGCUCCGAGGAAAAGACGUGAUGGUCAACGGGGUCUCGGUGCGUCCCCCGAAGUCCUACAGUGGCAACCAGCUGACCCUGGAAAGGGCCGGCCUCUUCCUGGCCGUCGUCUCCCAGCUGGGGCUGAGGGUGCUUUGGGACGGAGGCACAAGGGUAUAUGUGAAGCUGGAGCCCGUCUACCAAGGCCACGUCGCUGGACUGUGCGGGAACUUUGAUGGGGACACAGAGAAUGAUUUCACCAGCCGGCAGGGCAUUGUGGAGCCCACGGCCGACCUCUUCGGCAACUCCUGGCGCGUCAGCCCGCUUUGCCCUGAAGUCAGCAGUGAGGACUUUGAGCACCCGUGCGCGGUGAACUCUCACCGCUCAACGUGGGCUCGGAAACGCUGUGGGGUCCUCCUCCAGGACCUCUUUGCCCCCUGCCACGAGGAGCUCCCCUGCCAGCAGUUCUACGACUGGUGUGUCUUUGAUGCUUGUGGAUGCGACUCUGGGGGUGACUGUGAGUGCCUUUGUACGGCCAUCGCCACCUACGCCAAGGAGUGCAGCCAGCGGGGGGUCUCCGUGCGCUGGAGGAGCCAGGAACUCUGCCCCAUGCAGUGUGACCACGGGCUGGAGUAUGACCCAUGUGGCCCCGCCUGCCCUCAGACCUGCCAGAAUGUGGACCUGGAGCUUCCAGAGCCCUGCGAAGCCCUCUCGUGCGUGGAGGGCUGCUUCUGCCCGGAAGGGAAAGUGCUCCAUGGCGGCCACUGCAUUGACCCGUCCGAAUGCCCCUGCUACUGGGAGGGCACGUGGUUCCCACUGGGUGCGCUGGUGAUGCAGGAGUGCAGGAACUGCUCCUGUGAGGCCGGCCUCUGGCAGUGCGCUGCCCCCCUGGAAGCCUGUGCCACCCUGACUCGCUGCACCGAGACCGAGUUUGCCUGCCGGGAAGGCGGGCGCUGCGUGCCCGGGGCCUGGGUGUGUGACAACGAGGACGACUGCGGAGACGGCUCGGAUGAGUUCUGUGCCCUGAGCUGUGCCCCACACCAGUACCAGUGUGCCAGCGGGCAGUGUGUGCCCUGGGGCUACCGGUGUGAUGGCACCCCAGACUGCUUGGACCACUCUGACGAGCGGGGCUGCCCCCUGGCUGCCUGCGCCCGGCAGGAGUUCCGAUGCGCCAACGGCCGCUGCAUCUCCCGGGAGCACGUUUGUGACGGGGAGCUGGACUGUGGCUUUGACGACCCCUCGGAUGAGGCGGGCUGCGGACCACCCUGCGGGCCAGGCGAGCUCCGUUGUGCCGUGGGGCUCUGCCUCCCCUACCUGCACCGGUGUGAUGGCCACGAUGACUGCGGGGACUUCAGUGAUGAGCAGGACUGCCUCUGCCCGGCGGGGGAGUUCCAGUGCCCCGAGGGCCGGUGCCUUUCCCGCGCCCUGGUGUGUGACGGCAAGCCGGACUGCCCCUCGGGGACGGAGGAGGCCUUCUGCCCAGGCCGAGUGACAUGCGCGCCAGGGCAGCUGCUGUGCCCAGAUGGCACCUGUGUGAGCCUCACGCAGGUGUGUGACGGCACACGUGACUGUGCUGACGGUGCUGAUGAGGAGCCCCUCCAGUGCCUGGUGACCCGUACCACAGCCCUAGUGACUACCAGUGUCCCCACGAGACUCCCUGAGACUUCCUGGCCAUCCAUCCCCAGGACCCUGGCGCCACCCUGUGGCCGCUAUGAGUUCCACUGCCACAGCGGGGAGUGCCGGCCGCGGGGCUGGGUGUGCGACGAUGAAGCAGACUGCCUGGACGGCAGCGACGAGCUGCAUUGCCCGCGGGCGUGCGCCUUGGACCAGUUCCCGUGUGCCCACGGGAGCGAAUGCAUCCACUACAGCCACCUCUGUGACGGUGCCCCCCACUGCCAGGACCGGUCGGACGAGAGCAUCGACACCUGCGGCUCUACCCAGAUCCCACCCUGCCCGGGUUUUUUUGCCUGCAACAACCGCAUGUGCAUCAACGUCUCCCGAGUGUGUGAUCACACCCCAGACUGUCCCCUGGGGGAAGAUGAGCUGGCUUGCGGCACCCGCUGGCCACCUCCUGGAGGGAGGAACCAGAGCGCCGGACCCUGUGCAGAGUACUCCUGUGGGGACGGGACCUGUAUUGCCUUCAAGCAGGUGUGCAACGGCCUGGCCGACUGCCAGGACGGCACGGAGGCCUCAGGGUGGCUGCCCUCCGACGAGCGGGACUGCGGCCUCUGGAGCCCCUGGGCCCCGUGGAGCCCCUGCAGUCGGUCGUGCGGCACGGGCCUGCAGCUCCGGCGGAGGACGUGCGCCCGGCGGGCCCUCGACUUCAAUAUACAUUCCAAUCCUAAAGAAAGGAGAGUUACGCUGCGCCACUGCCUGGGAGAGGAGGUUGACGCUCAGCAGUGCUUCGAGGUGGCCUGCCCAGUGGACGGCGUGUGGACCGAGUGGACGACCUGGUCUAACUGCAGCCAGGAUUGCCGUGGGGUGGUGGUGCGGCGCCGGGAGUGCCUGCCCUCCCACAACGGGGGCCUGCACUGCACCGAGAAGCCGGACGCUUCCGCCAUGUCCUUGGAGAUCCAGCCCUGCCAGCAGGAUGAUUGCCUGAAUGCCUCCACCUGCCCAGGGGAGCUGGUGAACUGGAAGUGCGCUCCCUGCCCCACAUCGUGCGCUGAGCUGUCCAGCCGCACGCGGUGCAGGAAGGACAGGCCCUGCCGGCCAGGCUGCUGGUGCCCAGAAGGGAUGCUGCUGGACAACGACCAGCGAUGUGUGCGCCCUCGGGAGUGCCCGUGCCAGGUGGAGGGCACUCGGUACUGGCCUGGCCAGCUGGUGAAGGUCAACUGCCGGAUCUGCACUUGUCAGGACGGGCAGAUGAAGCGGUGCCGCCAGAAUCCAGAGUGUACAGUGAAUUGUGGCUGGUCAGCCUGGUCCCCCUGGGGCGACUGCCUGGGCCCCUGUGGGGUACAGAGCAUUCAGUGGUCCUUCCGCAGCCCCAACAACCCCACCAAGCAUGGGAACGGUCGCCAGUGCCGAGGCAUCUACCGCAAGGCCCGGAGGUGCCAGACCGACUCGUGCGAGGAGUGUGAGCACCAUGGCCGGACCCACGCCAUGGGUGACCGCUGGCGCUCGGGGCAAUGCCAGGUCUGCCAGUGCCUUCCCAACUUGACGGUGCAGUGCUCCCAGUACUGCCCCUACAGCACGGUGGCCUGCCCAGAGGGCCGAGUCCUGGUGGAGGGCCGAGGAAACUCCUGCUGCUACUGCGCGGAGGCUGCAGAGAACCAAACGGUCAUCCCCACAGUGCCGGCCGCCGGACCCUCCGUGGCCAGCCUGGGUGCCUUCACCACCGCCCCACCCCUCAGCACCUACCCGCUGCCCCCCCUUGGAGACCUUUGCUACGGCCCACUGGGCAUUGCGUCGUUGCCAGACGCCCAUUUCAGGGCAUCCUCAGAGCAGCCGGAGAACCCAGCGCAGGCCGCCCGCCUCAACCGCCUCCUGCCCAGUGCCGACCUGCAGGGCUGGGGUCCCAGGGCAGAAGCCUAUCCUGAACUGCUCUCCCGGCCCCCCUUUUUGGAAGUGGACCUCGGCGAGCCCAGAAACCUGACAGGGGUGGUGAUCCAAGGGGCAGGAUCCUCCGAUGCCUACGUGACCAGCUUCUUCCUGCAGUUCAGCUUGGAUGCGGGAAGAUGGCACGACUACCGUGAGGUCUCCCCUACAGGAGGCGCCCUGGAGCCGAAGCUCUUCCAGGGGAAUUCCGAUGACUCCACCCCCGCGGUCCGGACUUUCCAGCACAUGGUGACCGCCCAGCGCGUCCGCAUCCUGCCUCAUGACUUCCACAACGGCAUCUUCUUGCGUAUGGAGCUGCUGGGCUGUGGCAAAGGUGGGGAGCAGAAGCUCUUCCAGGGGAAUUCCGAUGACUCCACCCCCGCGGUCCGGACUUUCCAGCACAUGGUGACCGCCCAGCGCGUCCGCAUCCUGCCUCAUGACUUCCACAACGGCAUCUUCUUGCGUAUGGAGCUGCUGGGCUGUGGCAAAGUGUCCCCAGAGCCGCCCGGACGCCCGACGGCCCUGCCCGGCUGGAGGCCAUGCCGGAUGGGGGAGUUCCAGUGCCAGAACAGGCGGUGUGUGCCUGCCGGGCCCCAGGGCGCCGUCUGCAACGGGGUGGAUGACUGUGGGGAUUUCUCUGAUGAAUGGCGCUGUGGAGUCGGCCCGUCAUCCUCCCCGGAGCCCUCCGCCUUCCUCCCGGGGGCCUGCCUGCCCUCCCAGUUCCAGUGCCCCUCUUCCAACAUCUGCAUUGAAGCCACCCAGAGGUGCGAUGGGGCGGCCCACUGCCCAGACGGCUCUGAUGAGACGGGCUGUGCACCGGCUAGCACGGCGCCCCCACCUGGCACAGUCAGCCCGUGGACUUCAGGGGAAAAGCCCCACUUGCAGCCUUCUGUGACCCAGGUGGCCCCAGGUGGGUGGCCAUUUCCUGAGGACUUCACUCCCACUCCACCAGGUGCCUGCAGUGAACCCCUUGGCCUGGAAGACGGGCGAGUGCGACACCAGCAGCUGAGCGCUUCUUCCUCCGAGGAGGGGAAUCCUCCGGAUGCCGGGCGCCUCAACAUUGUGCCCAACCUGCAAAACACGGAGCCUGGCUGGAGCCCACGCGCGUCCGACCCUGAUCCCUACUUCCAGGUGGACUUUCUCCAGCCCACCUUCAUCACGGCGGUGGUCACCCAAGGAGGUAGCCGCACCCAGGGCUACGUCUCCCGUUACCGCUUGGCCUCCAGCCACGAUGGCAUCCUCUUCCGGAAUUACACCAAGGCCAGGCAUGGCCCAGCAGCUUCCGCGCAGGUCCUGGAGGGGAAUUCCGACAGCACCACCCCAGUGCGGCAGGAGCUCCGCCCUGCCCUCUUGACCCGCAUCCUGCGCAUCAUGCCUGUGGCGUAUCACGGAAGCAUUUCCUUGCGCAUGGAGGUGCUCGGCUGCCCCUGGAUCCCUGCAGGAACGGAACCCACCGAGGGUGUGAGAACGUCCGCCCUUCCCACGAGUCAAGAGCCACAAACGGCCAGCCCUGGGCUUCUUCCCACAGGGGCAGCAUCUUUGCCAGCACCUGGAACAGAGGUCCCCACAUGGCCUGGGGUCAAGACGUCCAAGCAGCACCAAGAGACAGCUGCCCCCACUCCCUUCUCCCCAGGGACCCCGACCCUCCUCUGGCCCACCUCCAGACUCCCGGCCUGGCCAGCUUUCCCCACCUUCCCCCACUGGCCUGGAACCCCUGGCCUGAGGCCCACCGUUUUAGGACCGACCGGCACUCCUAGCCCCGGGCUGCCCCGGAUCCUUUGCACCCAGGGGCAAUUCACCUGCGAGCUCUUUGGCUGCGUGGAGGCUGCCUUCGUCUGUGACGGCCAGGAGGACUGCUUGGAUGGCUCGGACGAGGCGCUUUGUGGGGGCCCCACAGCUCCCGCUCUCCCCACUGUGCCCCCCUUGUCACCGGCGGUGCCCCCCAGCAUCUGCUCCACCAAGCAGUUCUCCUGUGGCAGUGGGGAGUGCCUGGCACUGGAGCGGCGCUGUGACCUUCGCCGGGACUGCCAGGAUGGAUCCGACGAAGCCCACUGCGUGGACUGCAUCUUGUCCCCCUGGAGCCCCUGGAGCGAAUGCAGCCGGUCAUGCGGGCUGGGGGUCACCUUCCGCCGACGGGACCUGCUCCGCAACGCCCUCCCGGAGGGGCAGUGCGACCGGGACGAAUUUGACAGCCGCUCUUGCUUCCUCCGGGCCUGCCCAGUGAGCGGCGCCUGGGCCCCCUGGGGCGAGUGGUCCGACUGCGAUGCGGAGUGCCGGGGAGGCGUCAGGAGCCGCGCGAGGGCCUGCGCAGACCCCCCACCGAAGAACGGGGGACAGCCCUGCCCGGGGGAUGCCGUGCAGAUGGAGACGUGCAACCAGCAGCCCUGCGGAGAUGCCCGGGACUGUGGCCCAGACAUGGUCUACGUGCAAGCUGGGCACUGUGAACGGGGCCUCGUGGCCCCCUGUCCCCAGACAUGCCAGCAGCUGAGCACCAAAGCCACGUGCCACGGCAGCUGCAUAGAGGGAUGCCGGUGCCCCCCUGGGCUGUUCCUGCAGGACAGCGGCUGCGUGAACAUCAGCCAGUGUCAUUGCUUCUUUGACCAUGAGCGGCGGCUUCCCGGGGAGAUGUUCCUGCGAGACAACUGCAGCCAGUGCGUCUGCCUGGAUGGCACCGUGACCUGUGACUCCAUGGCCUGCCCCGUGGACUGUGGCUGGUCAGCCUGGUCCCCCUGGACUCCCUGCGGCCAGAGCUGUGGGAUUGGAAUGCAGCAAAGAUUUCGAUCUCCCUCCAACCCAGCGGCUGCCAAUGGUGGUGCCCCAUGCCGAGGGGAUGCCCAGGAGGUCCGGGAAUGUCACACCAUCUGCAUCUCAGAAAUCACCUCCCUCUGGAGCGAAUGGACCCCUUGGUCACCUUGUUCCAAAACCUGUUUCUACGCCACGGACAUGGUGGGGGUCAAGAAGCGGUUCCGGCACUGCAAUGGUACCUCUGAGACCGUGGCAGGGUGCCACGGGGAAGCUGUGCAGGAGGAGCCCUGUGACACGCCCCCCUGCCCAGUGGAAGGCCUCUGGACUCCGUGGACAAGCUGGUCCGAGUGCUCGGCUCUUUGUGACUCCGGCGUGCAGACCCGCAAGCGCACCUGCUCCAACCCCGCCUACGGAGGCCCGGGAUGCUCGGGACCCCUCAUCCAGACCCGGGACUGCAACACGCAGCCCUGCAGAGCGCGGUGCCCGGGGAACAUGGUCUACCAGACGGCCGAGGAAUGCCGGCGGAAGGGAGGGGCCUGCCCCCGCCUCUGCCUGGACCGGGGCACCCAGGUGGAGUGCACCUCCCAGUGCCAGGAGGGCUGCGCCUGUGCCGAGGGGCUGUUCCUCCAGAAUGGCACCUGCGUGCCCCUCAGCGAAUGCCCGUGCUACCACCGAGGGCAGCUCUACCAGAGGGGCAGCACCGUGGCCCUGGACGCCUGCAACCACUGCACCUGCCGAGACGGGGAAAUGGAGUGCACGGCCGAGCCCUGCCCAGUGGACUGCGGCUGGAGUGCCUGGACUGCCUGGAGUUCCUGCAGCCGCUCCUGCAACGUGGGCACCCGGCGUCGCUUCCGCUCUGGCUCCGAGCCACCUGCCGCCGACGGAGGGCAGCCCUGCCAGGGGUCUAAUGUGGAGGUGGAGUUCUGCAGCCUUCCACCUUGCUUGGGUUCUGGCAUGGAGUGGGGGCCCUGGUCACCCUGCUCCGUCCCCUGCGGGGGUGGCUACCAGAACCGCACGAGAGCCAGCCUGACCAUCCUGCGCAGGAUCGAGUUCGCCACCUGCAACCUUCGCCCUUGUCCCGGGGAGGAGCCAGGAGUCUGCCCGGAGGGGAAGGUGUGGCAGGAGUGCGCAGACCAGCCAGCUUCUUGUGCAGAGCUCAGUACAGGCCCCAGCGCCACCAACCGGAUCUGCCACCCUGGCUGUUACUGCCCCAACACCACUGUCCUGCUGAACAACCUCUGUGUGCCAGCCGAGGAGUGCCCCUGUGCCAUCGAUGGGAUGCUCUAUGCGCCAGGAGACGUGGUGCCCAAGGGCUGUGAGAACUGCUCCUGCCUCUCUGGCCAGGUGGGCAACUGCUCCCGCGCAGCCUGUGGAGACGUGGACGGCCUCUGGUCGGCCUGGGCUCCGUGGAGUGAGUGCUCCGCUUCCUGCGGGCUGGGACUGCAGAACCGCUACCGCUUUUGCACGGACCCUCCUCCCUCUGGGAUGGGGACGCCGUGCUUGGGACCCGAACGGGAGGAGAAGCCCUGCCACAUCCAGCCUUGUGCCAGAGAUGGGGCCUGGGGGUCCUGGAGCCCAUGGACCGCCUGCACCGUCAGCUGUGGGGGAGGCAUGCGGAGCCGGAUCAGAGCCUGUGACAGUCCUGCCCCCCAGGGCUCUGGGGAUUAUUGUGAGGGGCCUCCUACACAGGUGGAGGCCUGUGGCUUGAACCCGUGCCCAGGUCUGGACUGCUCUGCAGUGGGCGGCUCCGUCUUCAGCAGCUGUGGGCCCCCGUGCCCCCGCUCCUGUGAUGACCUUUCGGUGAGAUCCAGGGCACUGCCCGCUCCCCAGGACGAUGGGCUUUUGAACCCCCACUUUGGCACCUGCUCCCAAGGGAAGCUGCUUUGCACCCACCAGGCCUGCGCAGUUCCGGGCGGCUGGUGUGACUGGUCCCCAUGGAGCCCCUGCUCCAGGACGUGUGGCCAGGAGAUGGUGACCCGCUACCGGACCUGCAGUUGCCCCAAGCCCCAGCAUGGCGGUCCCGAGUGCGAGGGGGUUCAGGAGUACCACGGAGAGAGUGGGGUUCAGCUCCAGAGGACCGAGUGCCCCACGGCCACCUUCUGCCCAGUGGACGGGGGCUGGAGCACGUGGACUGGGUGGACCUCUUGCAACGCAUGUGCCGGCGAGUCUGUGCGGACCAGAGAGUGCACUAACCCCCCAGCCCGUUUUGGGGGGUUGCCGUGCCCCGGAGAAGCCCGGCAGAGCCACCCCUGCCAUGACGGACGCACUCACUGUGAAGGCUGUGGUGGGGGCCAGGUGUCCUUCCCCUGUGGCAAGGCCUGCCCGCGCACCUGCGAGGAUCUGCACCCGGAGACCGCCUGCUCAGACAGCCCAGGCUGCCAGCCGGCCUGCGCCUGCCCCAACAAGCAGCUGCUCCAGGACGACACCUGCGUCCCUCCGGCCCAGUGCCCCUGCAAGUACCGGGACGCCCAGCUGGGUGCCCCCGAAAGAGGGAACCUCUCGUCCCCCUGGGCAGGACUGCCUCCCUGGGAGAUCGCUCAGCCGGGGGAGACCGUCUACGGGCCCUGCCAGAACUGCACCUGCGUGGCCGGACACCUGCAGUGUCGUGUGGACCCCUUAUGUCACCUGGAUGGGGGCUGGAGCACAUGGGGGCCGUGGUCUCCUUGCACCCAGAGCUGUGGGGAGGGGGCCCAGUUCCGCUUCCGGGGGUGCGACAACCCAGCUCCCCAGAAUGGGGGCCGGGGAUGUUUGGGAGGCAAAGAGCAGCAGAGGCCCUGCCAAAGCCAGGGCUGCCCAGAGGAGGAGGAGGAGGAGGUGGAGGCGUGGGGUCCCUGGGCCCCGUGGGGCCCCUGCAGCGUCUCUUGCGGAGGGGGAGAGCAGGUGCGCCAUCGCCAGUGUCCUCGGCCGGACUGCCAGGGGCUGCCGGUCCAGAGCAAGACAUGCAACACCCAGGUGUGCCUCGAGGUGGGCUGCCCGGUUGGCCGAUUGUAUCGGGAGUGCCUGCAGGAGGAAGGGUGUCCUUACAGCUGUGCCCACCUCACUCACCGGAUGGAGUGCUUCUCGGAUGGCUGCGAAGAGGGGUGCCACUGCCCAGUGGGCACCUACCAGCACAAGGGAGGCUGCGUCGAGGAGUGCCCCUGCGUCCUCACUGAGGAGUCCCUGAAGAUGUUCCAGAAGCACUCUGCGGAUCCCCUCCUCACUGUCCAGGGCCGGAGGCUCUCCCUGGGGGAGGAAGUGCCACCAAAGGCCACCGUCUACUCUUCCUGCAGCAACUGCUCUUGCGACAACGGGCAGCUGGCCUGCAUCUUCUCCCUCUGCUCCGUGGAUGGGGGGUUCACCCCCUGGACUCCAUGGACCCCCUGCUCCUUGACCUGCGGGGGGCUCGGGAACAUGACCAGGUCCCGACACUGCACCAGCCCCGUGCCUGCCAACGGGGGCCAAGACUGCGCUGGCCCCCGGGUGGACCUUAAGUAUUGCCAGACGCUGGACUGCCACGCCGUGGCAUUGCCCACAAAAGAGCCCGUCUCUGGCACCGCAGGCUCCAAGGAGGACCGCUUCAGUCCCUGGUCCCCCUGGACGCCCUGCUCAAAGACCUGCAGUGACCCGGCCUUCCCGGCCAUCAAGACCCGCCUGCGGUUCUGCCCGGGAGGGGCCAACUGCACCGGAGAGCCUUUCCAGGAGCAAGAGUGCAACCUGCCCCAGUGCACAGAGGCUGGGCCGUGCCAGGGCGAAGAGUGCCAGGGCAUGAACUGCACGUGGCAUCCGUGGUCUCCCUGGAGCGAGUGUUCGCGCAGCUGUGGAGUCGGGCAGCAGCGGCGCCUGCGCACCUACAGCCCCCCCGGGGAAGGGGGCCACUGGUGCCAAGACAUCCUCACCGGCAACACCGAGCGGCGCUUCUGCAAUCUAAAGGCCUGCAAAGUGGAUGGCGCCUGGUCCACGUGGAGCCCCUGGUCGUGGUGUGACCGCGUGUGCGGGGGCGGGCGUUCCUCUCGCAGCAGGACGUGCACCAGCCCCCCACCCAAGAAUGGAGGGCAGCUCUGCCCUGGGGAGAAGUACCAAGUCCGUGUCUGCAACCCCCAGCCCUGCGAAGAAGGCUGCCCACCAGGAAUGCACCUGGCAGACUGUGCCAACGCGUGCCCGAGCCACUGCUGGGACCUCCAGGAAGGCCUGAUGUGCCAGGAUGGAGAAGCCUGUGAGCUGGGCUGUCGAUGCCCAAACGGGACCCUGGAACAGGACGGGCUCUGUGUUUCCCCCUCCCACUGCGAGUGCACGGACGCCCAGGGCCACAGCUGGGCCCCCGGCAGCCUCCGGGACGACGGGUGCAACAACUGCACCUGCACCGGGGGGCGCCUGCUCUGCACCAACCACACCUGCGCCCCCAGCGAGUGCGCCUGGAGCCUCUGGUCCAGCUGGUCCGAGUGCAGCCUCACCUGUGGAAACGGUCUGCGGACGCGCUUCAGGACGCCAACCUCAGGUUCAUGGGCUCUGGAGUGCCUGAAGGAGCAGCGGGAGACCCGCCCCUGCAGCCCCGGCCCCUGCCCGCCUCUGUGUUUGCGCGACGGCCGAGAGAUGGAUCUGGGCGCCACCUGGCUCCUAGGGGAGUGCCAGCAAUGUAUCUGUACGCCGGAAGGCAUUUUCUGCCUGGACAUCGCGUGCGCAGUGCACGGCGGCUGGACGCCCUGGUCCCCCUGGUCUGACUGUACUGCUUCCUGCGGCCACGGCCACCAGAUCCGCACCCGAGCCUGCAUCAACCCACCUCCGCGCAACCAAGGGCUGCCCUGUGCCGGCCCCGAGACCCAGGCCCAGAAUUGCUCUGGCCUCCGUCCUUGCCCAGGGGAUGAGCUCUGUCUCUGGAGCCCUUGGGGCCCGUGUUCGGCAUCGUGCGGAACUGGCUUGACCUCACGAACAGGGACGUGCGCCUGCCCGACUCCUGAGCAGCCAGCAGGAGGGCCGCCUUGCAAUCACAGCCAGCGCCAGGAGGUGGCCGCGUGCUACCUCCGAGCUUGCACAGAAUGCCCCUGGAGUUCCUGGACCCACUGGACCACGUGUUCCUGCAGUUUCCUGGUGCAGCAGCGGUAUCGUAACCAGCAAGGCUCCGGGGCAGACGGCGAGCCUUGCCUGGGCCUGGACGGGCAGUUCCGCCUGUGCGACUAUUCCCACUGCUCCGAGUCGAGCUGCGAGGCGCCCUUUGAGUUCCGGGAGUGUGGCUCCCCUUGCGACAGCCUCUGCUCCACCCUCCGGCACCCAGAGCUGUGCCAGGAUCUUCCCCGUUGUCUGCCUGGCUGCUACUGCCCGCUGGGCCUGGUGGAGCAGGAGGGGGCCUGUGUCUCGCCCUCCAAGUGUGGCUGCCUUCACCUCGGCCGUUCUGAAGGCCCCACGUACCUGGCGGCAGGAGAGACGGUUCAGAUCGGUUGCAAGGAGUGUGUAUGUGAUCGGGGGGCUCUCCAGUGCCACAGUGAAGGAUGUCAAGGACUGCUUCCGCUGAGCGCCUGGUCAGAGUGGACCCCCUGCUCCCCUUGCCUGCCCUGGCUGCAGCUGAGCCCGCAGGCGGGCUCCGGCCCCCUGGCUCAGCCCGACCCCGGCUGGCCCCAGGGAGGCCCUCCCUCCCAGCUGGCUCUGGUCUCUGUCCAGCAUCGCUAUCGCCUCUGCCUCGACCCCCAGACGGGCAGACCGUGGGCAGGGGAGGCUGGUCUCUGCUCGGCGGAGCUGGAGCAGGAGCGGCGGUGCCCGGACCCCCACGCGUGCGAAGGUGUCUGCCUCUGGGGCCCCUGGGGCCCCUGCCGUGAGCCCUGCAGUGGGGGCUUCCGAAUACGUCGCCGCGCCACCCACCCUCCAGCUGAUGAGCAUCUCUGCCCGGGUCCAAGAGCCCAGUCGGAGAGCUGCAACACGACCCCCUGCCCAGGUGAGGAAUGCGAAGAUCGGGGCAAAGUCCACGCCCCUACCUGUGCCAACAGCUGCCCGCGCACCUGCAUGGACCUUUGGGAGCACGUGGAGUGCCUGCAGGGGGAAUGCAAGCAAGGGUGCCGGUGCGCAGAGGGGCAUCUCCUGCAGGAUGGUGCGUGUGUGCCAGUCCCAGCCUGCCGCUGUAGCCUCCCCGCAGCCAACAGCUCCCUGGAGCUUCUGCCUGGGCAAAUGACACAACUGGAUUGCCACAACUGCACCUGUCUGAAUGGCACCUUUGCCUGCCCAGAGCAGGAGUGCCCCUCCUACGGGGAAUGGUCAGCUUGGAGCCCCUGCCCGGCCAGCUGCGGAGGGGGGAGUGCCCUCCGGCACCGUACCUGCGACCAGAGCCCCGGGGGUGCCCCCUGCCUGGCUGAUGCCAUGGCGGAAACGGCACCCUGCAACCCGCAGCCCUGCCCUGGCCCCUCCUGCCUGUUGAGCGAAUGGUCAGCCUGGAGCCCCUGUACCGCCAGCUGCGGGGGAGGCGUCUCUGAGAGGAGCCGCAUCCUGCUCUCUGCCCCAGAGGAGCUGUGUCUUCUCCCACGGCUGCAGCACCAGACCUGCAACCCCCAAAACUGCACCCCGGAAUGCCCAGGCGCCCAGGUCUACAGCAGCUGUGCCAAUGCCUGCCCACAAACCUGCACCGACCUGCAACCCCAGAGCCAGUGCCUGCAGGAGGACUGCCAGCCGGGCUGCGCCUGCCCCUCUGGCCAGGUGCUGCAGGACGGGGCAUGCAUUUCCCCGGAAGAAUGCCGCUGCAGGCUCAGCCCAGCACCAGCCACACCCUGGGCGGCCAACAUGUCCGAAGAGGAGCAGGCGCAGGAGUACCCGCCGGGCGCGUCCAUUCCGCACGAGUGCAACAGCUGCAUCUGCCAGAGAGGAGCCUUCGUCUGCACCCAGGAGGACUGUGAUGUGCCCUGCAUUUGGUCAGCGUGGUCCCCCUGGUCGCCCUGCUCUGUCACGUGCGGCACCGGAGAGCAGCUGUCCCGGCGCCAUCAGCUCCAGCUGCGCCUCUACGGAGGGACCGAGUGCGAGGGACCCGCCAUGCGCUGGACUUCCUGUUCCCUCCCAGACUGUGGUCAAAAUGUAAGGCUAAACACUGCAGGAAGCCACAUCAAUCUGUGGUCCUGCAGCAAGAAAAGUUCUCUCCCUGCUGACCUCAUGCGUCCUCAGUCAGGGAAGCAGGGAGGUCACGGGAGGGGAAAGGAGCCACCUGGCAGGUCUGGGCACGUGGUGGGGGUGGAGAUCCCGGGGUGGGACUGGCCUGAGCGAUUCCCUCUUGUGACUCUUCCAUUCAGUCUCAUUUUCUCUCCCUCCCCAACCCUGGCUCCCCUCCCCCCUUGGCACACAGCCUGCCCUGACGGUGAAUCCUGGGUCAGGGGGGGCUCCAUGGCCCCCUGCGAGCGCAGCUGCCACCAGAUCUAUGAGGAUCCCCCCCAGAACUGCAGCAAGGGAGGCGCCCAAGGGUGCCUGUGCCAGCCAGGGCGCUACCGGAAUGGGAGCGGUCGCUGUGUGGUGGCCGCUCACUGCGAGUGCGAGCAUGGAGGCCAGACCUAUCCGGCUGGGUCCCACUGGCAAGACGGGUGCGAAUCAUGCCAUUGCUUGAACGGGAGGGCUGUGUGCGAGGCAGACUGCCCACCACUCACCUGUCUUGAGGACGAAGCGAAGGUACAGGAGCCUCCCAGUUGCUGCCCUGUGUGCCGGAAAGAGCUGCCUGAAGAGCCGCCCCACUGCCGGCAUUACACAGAGCGCCGCAACAUCACCAAGGGCUCCUGCUUCCUGGCGGAGGUGGAGGUGAGCUACUGCCGCGGCUGGUGCGCCUCCCACACCAACGUCAUCCCCGAGGAGCCGUACCUCCAGACGUUGUGCGAAUGCUGCAGUUACCGCCUGGACCCCGUCAGCCCCGUCCGCAUCCUCAACCUGCGGUGCCAAGAUGGAGAGACAGAGCCGGUGGUGUUGCCGGUUAUUCACGGCUGCGAGUGCAGCAGCUGCCAAAGUGGAGACUUCUCCAAGCGCUAAGCAUGCUCCGGCAAGGGAGAGAACCCACCCACUCUCUUGCCAUGUGCUGGAGUGGGGCAGCUCAUCCGCCAAGGCGAGACAUGACGGUGCGCCUCCCCUCGGAGCUGCUUGAGCCCUUCCUCUACACCAUCGCACACGGCACAGCCGGCGAGCCUUCUUUUGCAAUUUAAUAAAAUAACACAGCAGCCGC